UGGGCCAUUGGAGCCGCAUUCGAAUUUACCGCUCUACCGGACGGUGCUGCCAUCUCGUGAUUGCCGCGCCAAAUGCAUUACCAAAACAAGAAAACAAGAUGGACGCCUCGACGUUCUACGGCGCGUCAAGCAUCCAGACUCAUGCGAGAACAAGACGCAAGACUCCGAACUCGUCAGUAGACCAGCUUUUUGACGCCAUCAUGAAUGGAGAUGUGUCAGACGCCGAUCUUUCUGACGAUGAAGUCGCCGAUGUACAGGCAGCUCAAGCGGUAACUGCAUCGAAUGAGGAGCAUGACCCUAAAAUGCAUCCUGCAGACGACGAGGGUGAUCUCAGUGACAGUGAUGAGAUUCCUGCGAAAAAAGUGAAGCAUGUCAAGUGGCUCUCCAAACCUUUCGAUCCAGUGGACACGCGCUGCACCUACCACCCGCUUGGCGGAUCAACGCCAGAAGAACCGCUAAAGUAUUUCAUGAAGUAUUUCACCGAUGAAGUGUUCGAGGACUUCACGAACACCGAUGGUCUGGCGCAUGAUUUUGAACUCUAUCAGGGCAAAGGCAAAGGAGUAGACCGGGAGUUCUCCUACCUUGGUCUAGGGGGCUGUGUGGUAAUGAGACUUGUGGAGUCAUUCCCACAGCACCGCAACCUGAAAUUGUUCUUUGACAAUUACUUCACGUCCGUGCUGCUUCUGAGGGAGCUAAAAGGUAUUGGAAUCCUUGCCACGGGUACGAUCAGGUGCAACAGGCUGCUGGGUUGUAAGCUGAAGGGCGAAAAAGAAAUGCGAAAGGAGGAGCGUGGGAGCACCGAUGUCAAGGUGACAGAGGAAGGAGACGUUGCCCUUGUGCGAUGGAAGGACAACAAUCUGGUCACGGUGGCCUCAACACAGGUUUCCACUGGUGAAGCUAGGGCUAUGAACUGA